GGAAAACAUCAUGCUUCUACGUCACUUUGAUUCUGAGCCGACUUCGCCAUAUGACAGUGGGGGGGCACUUGCUUCACGCCCGGGAGGUAGCCCGUCCCCGAUUCCAAAUCGAAUGUAAUCUUUCAGCCGGUGCAAAGACGCGUACACGGGCGGGAUUAAUCGAACUCUCUGUUGUUUUGAAUCCGCUAGACACAGACUGGAGGGGGUACGGCUUUGAUUAGAAGAUGGCGGAUGUUGAAGGCGAUGAAAUUCGGUCGGCUCUCCUUUCGGCUUCCAGUAAUGGACCCGCUGCAGGUUCGGUAGUCGGUACCGGAGGCCAAAAUGCUACCCAGGUGACGUCAGGUCCACGGAUGGUUAGAAUUGUAAAGUCGGAAUCAGGAUAUGGAUUCAACGUUCGUGGACAAGUUAGCGAAGGAGGACAACUGCGAAGCAUUAAUGGGGAAUUGUACGCCCCUCUUCAGCAUGUCAGUGCUGUUUUGCCUGGAGGGGCUGCGGACCGAGCUGGCAUAUCAAAGGGUGACAGGAUUCUUGAGGUUAAUGGAGUGAGCGUGGAGGGGGCCACCCACAAGCAGGUGGUGGAUCUGAUCCGGACCGGAGAGAGGGAGCUGGUGCUGUCCGUGCUGUCUGUGCCUCCCCAGGAGGCAGACUGCCUGGAGGCCGGGGAUGAGAGCGCGGCCCAGCUCAGCUACGACUACAGCGACAAGCAGGCCGUACCCAUCUCCAUCCCCACCUUCAAGCACGUGGAGCAGCACGCCGAGAGGUUUGUGGUGUACAACGUGUACAUGUCGGGCAGGCAGCUGUGCUCCAAGCGUUACCGAGAGUUUGCUAUCCUGAACCAGAACCUGAAGAGGGAGUUUGCCAGCUACAUCUUCCCCAAGAUACCCGGGAAGUGGCCCUUCUCUCUGUCUGAGCAGCAGCUGGACGCACGCCGCAGGGGCCUGGAGGAGUAUCUGGAAAGAGUUUGUUCUGUGCGGGUGAUUGGGGAGAGUGACAUCAUGCAGGAAUUCCUGUCUGAAUCAGAUGAGAAUUACAAUGGUGUGUCAGACGUGGAGUUGCGGAUAGCCCUGCCAGACAAGACCACCAUCUCGGUCAGGGUGCGCAAGAACAGCACGACUGACCAAGUCUACCAGGCUUUAGUGAUGAAGGUUGGUAUGGACAGCAUCAUGGCCAGCUACUUUGCCCUCUUUGAAGUCAUCAACCACUCCUUUGUGAGAAAACUGGCCCCCAACGAGUUCCCCCACAAGUUGUAUGUGCAGAACUACACAUCGGCCGUGCCGGGUACCUGUCUGGCCCUCCGGAAGUGGCUCUUCACCUCUCAGGAGGAGGAGCUGCUCAGGGACAAACCUCUGGCCGUUCACUACUGCUUCCACCAGGCAUUGGAUGACGUGAAGAAGGGAUUCAUCAAAACAGAAGACAAGUCUUACCAGCUGACAAAACUGGCAGAGCAGCGCAAGAUGGCCAUGUAUCUGAGUCUGCUGCGCUCCUGUGAGGGAUACAAUGAGGUCAUGUUCCCCCACUGCUCCUGUGACUCCCGGAGGAAGGGCCACGUCAUCACGGCCAUCAGCAUGCACCACUUCAAGCUGCACGCCUGCACAGAGGAUGGCACGCUUGAGAACCAGGUGAUAUCGUUUGAGUGGGCGGAGAUGCAGCGCUGGGACACCGACGAGGAGGGCAUGGCGUUCUGCUUUGAGUACGCCAGGGGGGAGAAGAAACCUCGCUGGGUCAAGAUCUUCACACCAUACUUCAACUACAUGCACGAGUGCUUUGAGAGGGUCUUCUGUGAGCUCAAGUGGAGGAAACAGAUUGAAAAAGAGGCCUCUGACAAAGACAACCAGAACUGCAGUAACAAUGAAUAUCUCCCUGCUCUGGAGACACAGAAGGGAUGGCGCCAUCUAGGGGGCGAGAUCGCCACAUCCUAAAUACUCCACCAGAAUCGGUCCAACUCGCACCAUCACAACCGAGAAUGCCAUCUGCAAAAGAAACAAAAAAGAGAACUGAGGCGAUUCACUCCAGAAACUGGAAAUCAGUUUAUUUAUUUUUGUUUUUAAUGUAUCACACAAACCCAGGAAUUCGCAGAUAGACGACGAGCAAUGAAGGAAAAAAAAAACAUGUCAUUACUAGAUGUUCAUAGAACAGCAUAUACUUUUUCCUCCGUGCAUCACCCCUGACAUGGGGCGGGACACUAGCUGAGUUCUUCCACCCCACUGGUUGAGGAAACCGAACAGUACAGUGCGAUUGGUCAAUGUUCACAGCAGCCCGUGACACCAUUUGACGAAGGGAACACCUUGACGUGAUCAACAGAUGACACGCCAGCGAGGAGGCCAGCCGGCAUCUGCGAUGUGAUUGUUUAGGCCAGUUCUACAACACGUUUGGUCCGGGCCAAUGCUUUCAAUGUGCCUCUGGUCUGCUGAACUACAAGAUGACAUGCUGGGAAACAUGAUAGAGGGUGGGUGGGACACCAUUGUCACUGGCAAGGCUAAACGGGAUAUAGCUUUGUUUUCACUGAUGCAGGACAUUAUCAGAUUAUGUUUUUUGGACAAGGAGGGUAAGAAACAAAAGGUUAUCUGUCAAAAGCCUAGGAGGCUGUAGUCUACAAAAAUAGUCACACAAUCUGUAUAUAAGCUCCCAGUAAUGAAUUGGGUGGUUUACCCAAUCAAUUACUGGGAGUGUGUGUGUGCAACUCUAUUUUUAUAGUCUACAGUUUACUCGGCAUUAGUCAGCGCCUCUAACUUUUUUGGGUGUGCGCCAGCUCAUGCUUUUCAAAAGAAUAGGAGACAAAAGUAACUGAUGCAAGGUGUUAUGUUCAUAAAAACAGUACACUUAUGUUUUAGGAAAACCUGCUUUAGGUUAUUUGUCAAAGGUUAUCUGUCAAAAGCCUAGGAGGCUGUAGUCUACAAAAUUAAUAUAUGAUUAAUAUAAGAGCUCAAGAAAUGACUUUCUUAUUCUAACCGUGUAGAAAGUUGACAGGGGAGCUUCCUCCUUGGCUUCUCAUCCUUGCUCUAUUUUUCACAUUUUCUAACCUAUCUAAUACACUCUUGUUUAGAAUGUCUGUUGGCAGUUCACCACAACUGAAAGUGUGAACAUUUCUCCCCUUAAAAUUGUUGUGGUAAUUCAAUAGAAUCUCCAAGUUCAGAGAUAAAAUGUGUUUUUUUUUUUAUCAGUGGUGUUUGCAUCUACUCAAUGAAGUCAGAGAAACUACAAACAAAGUGAAUAUUUCCCCCACUCGGGAGUAUUGAUCGACGUGUACAGACUGGGAGAAAGGGAUGGAAGUAGUAUGUUUGUGUGUGUGUUCGGGUGCAGUGCUUAGUGCAACCAGCAGAGAGCAGUAGAGUACUACUAAAGUACCACUCAGUACUACUGAGUCAGUGUUGAGCGGACCAAGCGAGGGAAAGGUCUUUCAGGACCUUCUGUAGAGAUUGCUUCCCUGGGCUCUGUAACUCACCACUAAGUACUGCUCUGCAGUUUGUUUAACUGUCAGGAGGACAAGUGGUGCGUGUGUGUGCACCUGUGUCUGCCUGUGUUCCUGCGUAGAAGUAAGUGCAUUAACAAGUAGGAGCGUGGCCACAACAGCCCGAGCAGGUACAGUUAUGAUGCAGGAUGUGUCUCUGUUGCCCCUCAUUGCACCUUGCCUAACCAAAUGGGUAUAGUAUUAGGCUGGUGUGAGCAUGCGUUUCCAGUCUUUCCUCAGUAUUGCUUCGGCUGUAGGCCCGAUUGGGGCGUGGCCAUGGGGGUUUAGGUGGCCAUGGGGGUUUAGGUUUUGAGGCAGCAGAUAAAGACUCAAGGCGGCAUCCCAAAUGGCACCCUAUUCCCAAGGAAGUGCACUUCUCUUGGCCGGGGCCCAUAGGGCUACAUAGGUAAUAGGGUGCCAUUUAGGAUGCAACCCAGAGGGGGUUAUGCAGGGUGACAGCUGUGCAGAUAGAGAUGGAUGGGUGGCAUUUCCCCUCCCCUAGCGAGCUAUGCCUUGCAGCCUUUUCAGGCUGUAUAAGGUUAGCCCACAUCCCUUCCAUGCCUCAACUAUGUUGAAAUGAAGGCUAUUACUGAAGUUUGACAGGUGUAAAACUGUACCAUUCUUAAUUGCAUGGUUCUGCACUCUUGCCUCCCGAAAGGAGAAUUGGCAAUGACAAAACGAUACACUAGCAUGUCCGUUAUAAAUGCCACUGCUGCAUUCUGAAAGAAGUGCUGAAGAUGUGCAAUUGAGGUGCUGCCUAUUCGUUUUGACAGCCAGAGUAAUAGCCAAUUUAGAGAUGGAUGACAUAAAGAUGGCAGAUGCUCUACCAGAACGUGUGUGUAGUUUUGAGAGAGGGGAGAGCGACAACUAGCGUGUGCGCGCCUCCUUUCAGUGUGCUAGUGUUCCAUUCCUCCACUCCAGGUUGGUCUGCCAUCAGACUAGAUGUGGUUGCCUUGGCAGCACUACGCUGUCUGAGCAUGCCCAGUCUAACAUCGCCCCAGACCACGUAACUGACUCACUCACACUUAUAACAUAUUCAUGUUAAUGUUCUUUAAUGUUUGUCAUCAUAAUGGUAUGUGUCCUUGAGCUAAAGCAUUUGACAGACUUCGGUGUACGUCUCUAGGCUGAAGCAGGUGCUCUCUUAGCUUUUAUACCCUGGGAAUACAGAGGCACAGACAAAUACACAGGUGCACACUUGUAUGUAGUGGGGUGUCCUUGUCAUCAGUGUUCCAUCGUCAUGGUAACAGCGAGCAGGAGCCGGCAAGAUGCCAGUGAUACUAAGAUGUCUUUCCCUAAUUUGCUCCGAGUGACAAUUACGCUAGUCACCUGCACAUACUUUGCUUUAUCUCUAUAAUGUCCGUUUUAAGAGAAUUAUCAUGUCUCCCCUAUCGAAUGGAUUUUAAAGGUCAGUCAGUCCUGUACCUUUUUUGUUGCGGUAUUAUUGAAAGGUCAGUGUCCUCUGAUAGCAGCUUGACACUGUUGUAGUCCAGUUACACCACCCUUCUGAAUGGAACAACGCCACUCCAGGGCUACUUUCAGUAGCCAAACAAUGUCGAACUUGAGCUGGUCACUUAUUCUGCAUGUCAGAGAGGGGUGUUUGUUCUACAAGCUGUAUUUCUAUCUGAACGUUCCAAUGUUCUGAAAGCACCCCAGCGAUAAAGGACAUCACACACUUUUUUCCAUAUGAGCUAGAUGUUCUAAAAGAAUAACAUGGUAGGCCUUUGUGUAGUUAAAACAUUUUAUUUCUGUACCUUACGCUUCAGGUGAGCAGGGCUUUUGUUUGAUUGCAAGUAUAGGCACAUUAAAACCAAGACUUGUUUCUUCUAAAUGUAAAUUAUUGCAAAAUUGUAAUUUGGAUAAAAAUGCACUUUCUCUCGAUUGAAAACGUAUAAUUUAUUUCAUCAAAUUAUUCAAGUUGUGGGAAAUCAUAGUGUUGUGUGCUAGCACCACUGUUGGUCAGUUAUUUUGUGUAGGGUAUUUGGUGACGCAAAAGCUAACUUAAAUAUACAUUUAAGUCAAGUUCUGGAAGUAAAGCAGUGUUGCAUUUACUCAAACUACGAACACGAAUUAACAACCGAUACUGAAACUCAAUGGGAAGUUUUUUUUAUAUCUUAGAAUAUAUGAAGGUUACUAACCAAUGUAAAAAGGAAAAACUGGUUUGAAAAUGUAAUGUAGAGUAAUAAAUUGUAACGUUAUUUUAAAUAAAAUGAUAUAUUGAAGAAAAGUGUUCCAGA